AUGUGGAAGCUUAACCUGUUGGUUACGUUGCUGGUGCUACUGCUGGUACAACGUGGAACGGCAGAAGAUGAAAAACCAAAGAUAAGUCUAAAUAUGGACCCUGUUGACGUUAAAACAUGGGGACUACCAUUAGAUAGCAAAUAUCCAGACGUAGUUCAAAUAAAUGAAGCAAAUUUCAAACCAAAAGUUUUGGAAAGUAGAGAUGCUUGGAUUGUCGUGGUAUUUAAGGACAAGUUACACGGGAAAUGGUGGCACCACGCAGGCCACGUAAAGGGGGCGGUAUGGUACGGGUCAGUUGAUAUUGAAAAACAAGAAAAUUUCGCGAAACUUUUGGCGCCUGAAUCUACUGCAGAAAAUAUCGGUAACGGUGUAGCGGUUAUUUUCCCUUUUGGUGUAACCCCUAAGGAGAAAAUCAAGUUCACCGGCAAAAAGAAGAAACGACCUUUGAUUGUGAAAUCGCCAACUAAAGCAGAGGAAAUUAUUUCAAGUUCGAUUCCAAACCAAAUUGAACGAAUGAAUUUUAAACCAAGCCGAAUGAAGAAGUUUCAGGAUUGGGUUGUUGAUUCAUAUUAUAAGUCAAGUCCACCCAGAUUCCCAGUACUUUGUAUUACUGAUGAACCGGAACCUACUAUCCCGGUUUCAAUGUUGGUCCUCUCGAAUUACUUUUCUCGUUUCUUCUCUUUCGCUCUCGUAAGAAAAGAGGAUGUCAGCAGAAUGAGGUUACAGUUCAAGGAAGUCCCUGAACCAAAAGUCUACCCUCACUAUUUGAUGUUAAUGGGUAAAGAGCCAUCUAAGGAAGAAAUGGACCGAGGAUCUUUCGGGAUGCAUUUCAAUAUCUUUCCUUUCCUCGCUGAUAAAUACGGAAGAUCUGAGUUAUUCACAUCUGUGGUGAAGUUUCUAUUCACUGCUAAUGAAGAUUACAGAAAUCCUGCAAUAAAACAUCAGAAAUGUCAUAUCUUAAACUGUACUUGUCUCUACAGGAGUUACCAGGACGAAGAAGUGACGAAGCGAUCAGUGAAGCUAGAAUGUCGUUGGUUCGAGACUCACUGCGUAACAGAGUCGAACUAG